AUGUCUGUUGGGUCUGGGGGCUACUUUAGUGGCGGUUGUGUGGCUCUGCGCCCCCUGCUUCUGCUUCAAUGUCUGUUGGGUCUGGGGGUUACUUUAGUGGCGGUUGUGUGGCACCGCGCCCCCUGCUUCUGCUUCAAUGUCUGUUGGGUCUGGGGGUUAAUUUGUUGGCGGUUGUGUGGCACCGCGCCCCCUGCUUAUCUUGGGUCUGGGGGUUUAUCACUGACUCCGUCUUUUUUCAGCACUGGUCUUGGCUUGGCUUGCACUGGUCUUGGCUUGGUUUCGAUUGUUCUUGGUUUGUUGGCAGUUGUGUUGUACUGCGCCCCCUGCUUCUUUGUGGAUGUAUAUGGUACUGCGCCCCCUGCUUCUUUGUGUAUUCUCUUUGAGCGUGAGGCUUUGUAUGCCAAAAUGACGCGAAUUCUUGCUAGUGGAAAAAAUCACGUGACCCUGUGCCGGUGGAAAAUGAACUCAACACCAAUGUUCUCAGUGAGAACUGCAAGUGUAAAAUCUACAGAGAUCAUGUAA